GUCUCCCGGUGCCGCUCCGAGCUCCGUCAAUAAUUAACCCCGAGGAAAAGCACCCCGAGGUAACCCCAACAGAUGGCUCUGAUUUGAAUCGCUGUGUUAAUAACUCCUGUCCCUUUUGCUGGUCCAGCUGGCCCUGCUGAAGAUGAGGGUGGUGCUCCUGCUGCUCCUGGUGUCCGUGGGGAGCGUCGGAGCCGAGCCGGAGAAGGGCCCGCCCCGGCGCCUGUCGUGCGUGCGCUGCUGUGGCCCCUCGGAGCAGCCCGUGUCCAUCAUCUCCUCCAGGCACACCAGGAUGAGCAGCAACCCCUACUCUGUGCCCAGAGUCCAGCCCACCAUAGACAUCACCAUCCUCAAAGGGGAGAAGGGCGAGAUGGGAGAGAAGGGGCUCCCUGGAGCAGCUGGGAAGGCCGGAGAGAGAGGGUUACGCGGCCUGAACGGCAGGAAGGGCCAGAAAGGGCAGCCCGGCCCCCAGGGCCACUCCUGCAAGCAGCUCUUCGCCGCCUUCUCGGUGGGCCGGAGGAAACCCCUGCACAGCUCCGACUACUUCCAGCACGUCACCUUCGACACCGAGUUCGUCAACCUCUACCAGCACUUCAACAUGUUCUCGGGCAAGUUCUUCUGCUACGUGCCGGGGGUCUACUACUUCAGCCUCAACGUGCACACGUGGAACUUCAAGGAGACCUACGUGCACCUGAUGAGGAACGCGCAGCCCGCCGCCAUCCUGUACGCCCAGCCCAGCGACCGCAGCAUCAUGCAGAGCCAGAGCCUCAUGCUGGACCUGCAGGAGGGGGACGAGGUCUGGCUCAGGCUGUUCAAGAGGGAGAGGGAAAACGCCAUUUACAGUGAGGAGUCCGAUGUUUACGUCAUCUUCAACGGGCACCUGGUCAAGCCCGCCGUGGAGUAGCUGCUCUCCCUCCGGCCGCGGGCCCGAAGCUCUGGUAGAUGCAGUAGUGUCUCCCCCUCUUAGGAAUGCACCUCUGGUUCCAGCUGGGAGGGUUACAGGUCCAUCAGGGUUGCCUGUCCGUGCCCAGUGAGGAGGGAGGUGGCUGUUCCAAGGUGCUACAAAGCUGCACAAGCACCCACAAGGCUUCAGCUCCAGCCCUGUAACCCAGAAUAGACCCCCAAUAACACCCCCGAAGGCUUUGCCAAGCUGGCAGCAAAAACUGAACCCCUUUGCUCUGCCUGAGAGGGAAAAAAAAAAAUUUAAUUAUACCUAAGGACCAGUUAUGUGGGUGCUAAUUAAGGAAUGCCAGUAUUCCUGCUAUUUGGGAAUCCUU